GAGAAGCGGAUCUGGAGCUGCGCUCAGUCUCAGUUGUGGCUGAGCAGGACGCGGCGGAGCUUCUGUGGCGGAGCCGAGGAUCCGGAGCCCGAAGCUGGACUGUUUCAAACUCACCCACCGAACCGACACGCUCACUGCCGAACAACCAACUCCUCUCGACGGGCGCCACCCUCCAGGUGCUGAGGAAACUGCAGAAGAACCAUCUGUGUCAAGACUCGGGGGGGUGAACGUUGAGAGGAUGUCCAGCCACUUGGCCGUUUCUUUGUGAAUGGAGUAGAGGUGACUUGUGACCAUGCGCUGCCUGGCUGCUCGGGUGAACUACAAGACCCUCAUUGUCAUCUGCGCCCUCUUCACACUCAUCACCGUGUUGCUGUGGAACCGAUGCUCCAGUGACACCUCAGUGCGCUUCCUGCCCCGGGCCGCCCUCGUGGCUCCCAGUCCCAGGGUGGGGGAUGCCAGCAUCAGCAGCCAGCAACACCCUCCCCAACCCCCAGAGCCCCCGCCUGUUGUUGGGGGCGUCAGCGGCAUCAAGUUUGAAGAAAUUGACUGCCUGAUCAACGACGAAUCAACGAUCAAAGGGCGGCGCGAGGGCGGAGAGAUCUACCUGCCCUUCACGUGGAUGGAAAAGUACUUCGAGGUGUACGGGAAAGUUGUGCAGUACGACGGAUACGAUCGUUUUGAGUUCCAGCACAGCUACUCAAAGGUCUACACGCAGCGCGAGCCCUACCACCCCGAUGGAGUCUUCAUGUCAUUUGAGGGAUACAACGUGGAGGUCCGUGACCGCGUCAAGUGCAUAAGUGGAGUGGAAGGCGUGCCUCUCUCCACCCAGUGGGGCCCUCAGGGCUACUUCUACGCCAUCCAGAUUGCUCAGUAUGGUCUGAGCCAUUACAGCAAAAACCUGACCGAGCGCCCUCCCCACGUGGAGGUCUACGACACCGCGGAGGAGAGAGACAGCCGGGCCAGCACAGCACCCUGGAGUGUGCCGAAAGGUUGUGCUCUCAGCCGUGUCCACGACAAGACCCGAGCUACCUCCGUGCGUCAGUUCAGUGCUCCAGAGUCUUCAGAUGGCGUCUCCCUCCAGCUGGGAAACUCCAAAGACUUUAUCCUCAGCUUGGACAUCAAGUUCAUCUCCAACGGCAGCGUGUCCGUGAUCCUGGAAACCACAGAGAAGGGCCCCCCCUUCACCAUUCACUAUGUGACCAACUCGCAGCUCAUCGCCUUCAAAGAUCACGAGAUCACCUACGGAAUCGGGCCGAGAACCGCCUGGAGCACUCUGACCCGGGACCUGCUCACCGACCUGAGGAAGGGCGUCGGCUUGUCCAACACCAAGGCUGUGAAGGCCACUAAGAUCAUGCCCAGACGGGUGGUGCGCUUAGUUCUACAAGGACGCGGCUUUGUCGACAACGUCACCAUCUCCACCACUGCCCACAUGGCCGCCUUCUUUGCUGCCAGCGACUGGCUGGUGCGCAACCAAGACGAACGAGGCGGGUGGCCCAUCAUGGUCACUCGCAAACUGGGCGAAGGCUUCCGGCCUCUGGAGCCCGGCUGGUACUCAGCCAUGGCUCAGGGCCAGGCCAUGUCCACCUUAGUGAGAGCCUACCUCCUCACAAAGGACCAGGUUUACCUCAACGCUGCCCUCAAGGCAGUCGGACCCUACAAGGUGCCUUCAGCGCAGCACGGGGUCAAAGCUGUGUUCAUGAACAAGUACGACUGGUAUGAGGAGUACCCCACCACGCCCAGCUCCUUUGUCCUGAACGGCUUCAUCUACUCCCUGCUGGGACUCUACGACUUGACUGAGACAGCGGGAGAGAAGGUUGGCCGGGAGGCAGGGCAGCUGUUCAGCCGCGGCAUGGAGUCGCUGAAGGCCAUGCUGCCGCUCUAUGACACGGGGUCGGGCAGCAUCUAUGACCUGCGUCACUUCAUGUUGGGCACCGCGCCCAACCUGGCGCGGUGGGACUAUCACACCACGCACAUUAACCAGCUGCAGCUGCUGGCGUCCAUAGACAAUGCUCCCAUCUUCAAAGAUGUGGUCAAGCGCUGGAAAAACUACUUAAAAGGGAUUCGCGCCAAGCACAACUAGGCAAAGUGUAAUCCACAAAUGUGGGGGGGUGUGUGUGUGUGUGUGUGUGUGUGUGUGUGUGUGUGUGUGUGUGUGUGUGUGUGUGUGUGUGUGUGUGUGUGUGUGUGUGUGUGUGUGUGUGUGUGUGUGUGUGUGUGUGUGUGUGUGUGUGUGUGUGUGUGAGAGAACUGGAUUAGGAAUGUGAGGUGGGUUCUCUCACAUUGUGUGUCUGUGUGUGUGUUCCUGGUUGAGGUUCAACGUGUAACAGAUGAGUUUAAUCAGCUGCAGCUCACAACUCAAAAACGUUCUCAUCUCUGCUGCAGGUUUUAUAUUUUCUGCCGACUGUAGCUCUCCUCCCCCUUUUCCUUCAGCGAGUGUUUGUAAUUAUGCACAGACCUUGUGUGUAUGUGUGCGUGAGUUAUAUACACUAUUAGAGAAAGAUGAGACCCUUCAAAUAGUUAAAACCGAAUCACAUUGAGGUCACAACGGUCUUCGAUAAAUCCACCACUACUUUUUUACCAUUUCACCCCAGAGUUGCAAAGUUUAUUGGAAUAGAUAAACUGUAAAUAACAGAAUAUAUGAUAAAUUAUUGGGAGAAUGUUGCCAAAAAAAAGAAUAUCAAUAUUUAAUUAUUUUGGAUUUUAAUUCUCAAAUUCAUCGUUUUUAUUUCAGUUUUAAGUUUUUUGUCUUUAAGCUUUGAGGUGAGAUGUAUUUUCCCUUCAUCCCUUCACAGGAAAGCUGACGAGUCAAAUGCUUUACGCUUCCGAACCAGUAGCUCCCAGGUCUGUUCUGAAGCACUUUUCUCUAUGAUACACAUAAAAAAGUGAGCUGAACUCCGUGUAAGUAUUUGUGUUUUAAUAUAAACUCAACAUCAUGGACCAUGUGUCUGAUAAACCACCAUAUUUGAUUUCAAAGGCUCGGCCGCCAGCUGCUCUCCCACUGUAGACUGUAAAUAUAUGGACGACACAUUUCCACCUACUGUCUAGAAAUGAACCCAAAAUAUCCUGGAUACAAAUGCAGAUCAUUUUGUAACCAGAGUCUGUAGCAAUCUGGGGAUGGAGCUGCCCCAUCAUGAGUGUUCCUGUUACAAUUCAUGACAUAUAAUGAAUAAUCUGAAAUAAUCAUUUGUCCUAGUUGUCACCAGUGCUGAAGCCGCUGCAAAGCUUGUAUCUACACGUGAAGUUUUAAGACAACACGCUGUUUGCCACCAUCCUCAGCUGUAACCAAACCCCCACUAAAGUCUGGCUGGUCACAAAGAAUCAUUAAUAAUUCAUGUGGCGUUGAGGAACACGACUAAAAGUAAUUAGUUCUGCAUCACUUUGAGUUCAGCUCAGUUUGUAAAGCAUAAGUUUCCCGUCUCAGAGAACCAGGCUGUGAAUCCCAACUCAGUCCAGUCAGCUGUGUGUGUGUGUGUCUGUGUGUGCGGUCGCAGCUGAUCACAAAUCACAGUGAUUAAUGAAAAAGAAAAAACGAGACUGAGAAAUGAAGAUUUGCUGAUUAAAAGCCGCCCCGUUCUUCUCGUUUGCACGGUUUGGGUGAAGCUGGACGGUUCAGAGUCGGAUAUAUUUAACUCCUUCGUGGGCGUGUUCCACCUUAAGAACCAUCUUAGGUUUUAUUAUUCAUAACUUCCUCAGAACUAAUGGAUUUGUUUUUAUUCAAACAAGGAAGUUCAGAUGGAGAUGAGUCAGCAGUUUGGAUGAAUGGAGAUCAAUGUGCGUUACAAGACAAAAUUCUAAUGGAAAAUCUGAGUAAGAUCAGUUUUAUUUUGAAGCUCCUUCACCCCAUAAGAAAUUUAGAGUUUUUCUCCCACAUAUGAAGAAGCAGCAGGAGAUUUUCUGGGUCAGACACGUUCACAACAACAGGAAAAAGUCUGGAACCUUCAGACGACACAGGAGUCAGGAUGUGACGUGUAAAUUGUGGAAAUCACAUGUUUUUGUUUACAGCAAAUCAGACGUUAUCGCCCCAAAGCUUGUGCAUCUCGUCUUUCCAAGUUUUCCAAAUCUUCGUCUGCAUCUUCUACGUGUCUUGUCAUCCUGAGAUAUUUAAAUUCUGCGUUCAUUGCGCGGUAGAAGUCAUCAGAGCGCCCGCUCGCUUGCUCUGAGUUUUCCUGGCGUUUCCCUGCUGCUGUUCAGUGCUUGUCUGAAAAGCAGCUUUCGAGUCAUCUUCCUCUAAAGGUGAGCUGCAGGUGAAGCUAAGUGUAGACAUCUGUGUUGUGUCUCAGAGCAGAUGAAGAGGUGAGCAGCGGAGGCACAGCUGCAUCUCACAGCCAUGUCAGCUUUUAACGUUACAAUCAACAAAUCCAGGAGAAAUGUAGCCGGAGGUGAAUUCUUUAUAAACACAAAGAGGCUCUCGUCUCUCUCCCUCUAUCCCUCUCUCUCUGGGUGCAUGAACUCAGUGUUUUUAAUCUGAGCGCUGCCCUGCUGACCGCUGUUCGAGGAGGAACUGACUCGCCCAGACACCAACAAUUCACCCGGCUAAUAGGCUGGAGAGGCGGCCGGGCGGCGAGGUCGCUCGUCAGGGAUGAGUCAGCAUCCACCGGCAUCACAUUCACAAACAAAACAGAGUGGAGCCCUCGGCUUCAAUGAGGCUUUCAUCGAUCUGCUUUAAAGAUUAUUAAUGAGAAGCAGGAGAAUGUGGCGCCGUCGUUUGUCUGAAAGUGGCGAUGGGGAAUUUUCUUUGGUCGUUUUCAUAAAACCGGUGGAAAACACAAUUUCCCACAGAGUCUGAUUUCAGGUCGUCUUAGUGUGAGAAAUGAAGGGAAAAGCUUGUGAUUCAUUCUGAUGAAAAGAGUUGGUUCCUGACUUUAAAGGUGGCACAUUAUGCUUUUUUCAGUUUCUCUUUCCUCUUGUGUGUUUUAUGGUUUUUGUGAAUGUAAAAGUUCUGCAAAAUUAAAAAGCCCAAAGUCUUUAUCGGGAAAGGAAACCUUAAAGAGACAGGAGCUAAAAUCAAGUGUUUCAGACAGAAGCUGAAAGGAGGAGCUGCAGAAACAGUUUGAGAACAUUACAGCAUUUAAACUUUUUCAAGUAAUAACACAAAUUCAAAAUUAUGAACCUGAAUAUGAGCAGAAUAUGUCUCUAAAACCUAAUUCGGUAAUUCACCAUCUUAUUUUGCCUGGAAACGCGUUUUAUUCUCAAGAUUAGAUUUUUAAUUUCCUCGCAGUGGCCCUAAUGCUAUUAAAGGUUCAUAUUGUGGAUUCAAACAGUGAUAUUAAUACUCAGUUCAAAAAAGCGAACAGAUAAAAGUUUUAUCCCAGAGAGGACGUGUGUGUGCACAUUUUCAUAAUCUGCUGUUUUUGGUUUUGUUCAUUUCGUGGUGGCGGUAUUUUUUUCUUCCCAUGAACACUUGCAUUAUUGAUUCUUCUUUGUUUAAAGGGAACUGUCAGGAACUGAUGUUUCCUCUGUUUUGGUUAUACCAAAGUCAUUGAAUUAAGUACAUUUGAAUUUGUAUAUUUCUGUGCAAACUCAUUUCCACUCAGUAUUUAAUGAUGCGUCUCCUCGGAGAAGUCGUGGAGCGAGACACUGCCUUUUGAGACAUGCUCGUUUUAUCAAAUGUAGGUUAAAUAGAUUAUAGCAAAAACAACUUGCUUGUAAAACUCGCUCAUGGUAAAUGGGGGCUGUGUGCAACUAGAGAUUAGCAUUUAGUCAGCUACUGUUUAAAAGGGAAGUGAGCCAAGAGCUGCAAAUUAUCCUUUUGCUCAUUUUUAUAUUUUAGGUGUUUUUUUUAAGUGUUUGUUUAUUUGUUGAUAUCAUUUGCAUCCGAUUUUUUUUCUAGACAAAAGCACAACUGCCGUGUAUAAUCACUUUAUUUUUCUUUUCUUUUUUAGGACAAUGUGCAUCGCCUUCAUUUAGAAAGCUGCUAUGAUUGUUCACUGUACAAUGGAGAUGAGGAAUUCCUUUUCCUCGUUCUCAGUGGUAUUUUUUUCCUGUCUUUCCACUAUCCAUUAAAAAGACGUCAACAUAUGGCCGCUGAGGUCACAUGUGAUUUAUGCAAUAAAAUGUUUACUGGGGUCGUUACACCACAGGAGACCCAGAGCAGUUGUAUAGACUUUGCAAUCUAAGCACAAUGUGCAGAAGCUACCGUUUUUUAGCCACAGGAAGAGAAGUGUUUAUAUACAGAGUAAAUCUUUGUGCUAUAAAAGUUGCUUUUUAAAAGGUGUAAAAAAUAAAAGCAUUUUUCUUAAA